AUGAAUUCAACCCAGCUUACUGGAUUAGAUGCGUUGCAGCAGAAACAAAUCGGAGGUGCGGGUCCUGAUGCUCGCCGGAUGCGCAAGGCAAUUUUUCGCAGAACCAUCGAUUACAAUGCUUCUGUAAUAAAUUAUUUAAAAGAAAGAGUGUGGAAACGCUCCCCUCGGUCCCGACUCGCUUUACAGCCCGAUUACCUAUAUAAUUAUCUGAUGAACCCCCCAAGCGAUUACCUCGAUAAUCCAAUGAACUGUGUUACUGGUAAACUAGUGAGAACUUCGACCAACAAAAACAAGUGCCCCAUUUAUUGUGUUUGUUGGACUCCGGAGGGACGUCGCCUUAUUACUGGCGCCUUCAGUGGUGAAUUUACUCUCUGGAAUGGGCUCACAUUUAACUUCGAAACUAUUUUACAAGCUCAUGAGGCUCAAAUCCGGUGCAUGAAAUGGUCGCACAAUGACGAAUGGCUUCUAACUGCUGAUCAUGCGGGCUACGUGAAGUACUGGCAGGCAAACAUGAACAAUGUUCAGAUGUACCAGGCACACAAAAUGCCCAUUCGAGGGGUCAGUUUUUCGCAAUUCGACUCCAAAUUUGUGACCUGCAGCGAUGACGCCACCGUGCGAAUUUGGGACUUCUUCCGGUGCUACGAAGAACGCGCCCUCCGCGGUCACGGUUCUGACGUCCGAAGCGUCGCCUGGCACCCAUACAAGUCGCUGAUCAUUUCAGGCAGUAAGGACGCCCAACAGCCAAUCAAGUUGUGGGAACCGAAGACUGGAGAAUCUGUCGCUACUCUGUAUGUGCACAAAAACACGUGUACGGACGUAGCCUGGAACAAGAACGGCAAUUGGUUCCUCACGGCCUCACGCGACCACCUCAUCAAGUUGUUCGACCUGCGCUACAUGAAGACGGAGUUGCAGACUUUCCGGGGUCACAAGAAAGACGUCAUGCGUGUCGCCUGGCACCCCUGCCACGAAUGCCUCUUUGCAAGCGGCAGUGCAGACGGCGCCAUUCACUUUUGGUGCACUGGAACCGAAACCGAACUCGGCGCUAUUGACGACGCGCAUGAGAGCAUGAUAUGGAGCCUAGCUUGGCAUCCACUUGGUCACAUUCUUGUUUCCGGCGCAAACGACUUCGCAACGAAAUUCUGGACGCGGAAUCGUCCAGGUGACAUCCUCAAGGACAUUAUUGGCACUGGCAAUGCAGUCGCUUCUACGGGAAUCGCAAAUGUCCUCCCAGCCCUCAAUACAGAAGAUCUAGCGUCGGUUACCCUCUCAAAGGUAGCUUCGACGACCAACGCCAAUAUCAAUGGAGUAGGUGGGUCGUUGGCUAGGGCACUGGCCGACGCGGCUGGUCGUCUACCAAUUUUCGAGUCUGACGACCAAUCAAAUGUUCUGGACUUGGGAAAUAAAGAGGUAGCGGUUGAAAUCCCAGGACUAAAUGAUGGUCCUCCUGGUCCACUUGUUUCCGAGGACGAGCAUGAAUCAGAUGCAACGAAAAGCAAACCCCUUCCGAAUCGUCCUGCUGGGUCCAUAUCCAAGGAAUUCAUGGCUAACUGGUCGAGUUCUCGGGCUGUUCCCAAACCGGGCGUUGUCCUUUCCGCCGUAGCAGCCGCAAAAGAGUCUACUCGGGAAAGCAGUGGAGUUGGAGGAAUGAAUCCGCCCAUUCCAGGUGAGAGCUUAGAAGAGGGUGAAAUAGAAGAUGACCCGACACUUUUGCGUAGCGUUUCUACUCCACUGGUCACUUCCGACAUGUGUAUGAAUCCAAAGGCGAAAGCAGCUGCUUCUGAAGCGGCCGAAUACGACACCCGCUACAAGGGACGCAAGUUCGACUCAGCCGCAAGAGAGGAAGAGAUGCUUGCAUUUGCGAAUAGUCUAAUGCCCCCGUCCCCACCGCACAAAUCUCCACAGGAACCGCCACCACCGAUGCGAUCGAAUGCACCGCCGCCAAAUCAACAACCAUCCUCAAGGUUCGGACCACCUCCCCCACCCCCACCACCGCCGAAAAGGUACAUGCCUGGCCCACCCUCGAGAUAUCCUCAUAGUGGAUAUCCCCCACCGGGGCAAGGUGGACCUCCAUACUGGCGCCAGCCAAUGCCCUUUCGGCCGCCUCAUGAUCAGUGGGGAGGACCUGGUCCUUACAAUGGACCGCCACCUCCGCCCGGAUAUGGCGGACCCCCUCCCCCUAAAAGACCUGCUGUGCCUAGGCCACCACCCCCGCCAAUGCGUCGUGGGUGGUAG